AUGACGAAUGGAAGUACAACUGAAGGUACUAGCAUUGAAAAUAGAAAUGGAGUUAUGAGUCCAGUCACAUUUCCAGUGAUUGAUCACAAUCAUCCACUAUUUCUUCAACACACAGACACUCCAGGUAGUUCCCUAAUCUCUCUUCAAUUAACAGGUUCAGAGAAUUAUGCUCUUUGGAGUAGAUAUUUUAGGAUUAGCUUAGUUGGGAAAAGCAAGUUAGGCUUUGUAGAUGGAAGGUUUCCUAAAUCUAUGUUUGAACCAUUAUUGCAUGAUCAGUGGGAAAAGUGUAAUGCAGUAGUGUUAAGUUGGAUUAUGAAUGCAGUAAGGCCAGGACUUCUAAGUUCUGUUGUGUAUGCGUCUGAUGCACGCAAAGUUUGGCUGGAUCUAAGAGAAAGCUUUGAUACAUUAGUUCAGGGAACUAUCUUAAUUGCUGAAUAUUACUCUAGGUUAAGAGGUCUAUGGGGUGAAUAUGAUUCUCUUAUGCCAUGUCCUAGUUGUCCUUGUCCUGAAUCAAAGAAAUUUAGGGAGCAUUGUGAUUAUCAAAGGUUGUUGCGGUUCUUAAUGGGACUAAAUGAGUCAUACUCCUCUCCUAGAAGCCAAAUACUCAUGAUGAGUCCUAUUCCAAUGCUUAACAAAGCUUAUGCAUUGAUCAUUGAUCGAGAGAGUCAGAGGAAUCUGACGAGUUUUGUUUCCAAUAGCUCAGGGCUCAUUGAAGGCACAUCAUUGUAUUCUCAUAAAAGUAACACUUACACAAGUGGUGCAGGAACUUCUAAAGUUCCUUUCUAG